AUGAUAACUCAAUUGCUAGAAUCAAUUUGUAUUCAAGUUGGAUAUUUUGAAAUACAAAUUAAGUUGCCAUUGCUACCAUUUUUUUUUACUAUAGGUCGAUUAUUUUCAUUACUGUUUGUGAUUUAUCCACACAGCUAAGUUGAUAAUUUACAGCAUACAAAAGAAUCAUCAAGUGAAAAUUAGUUUUAUUCAUUAUUACAACUACAAAUUGAAUUGUUAAAUGAAGGACUUGGGAAUUACAAAAUACAACAUUAUUUUUCGUUGAUAUUUAAUUGUGUUAUUACAAUACUUAUUGGAAUAAGUAUAAUUCUCAAUUAUAAUUAAAAAGAGAGAAUAGAUGAGAAUGUCAAAUAGUAAAAUAUUAAUACUAUUUUAAUGAGAGUCAUCUGUCUCAUAAAUUCCUUUAUAAAAGUAACUAUUAUACAACCUUUAUUAAUUAUUGGUUUGUAUAAUAUAUAAAACUCAAUGUAUAAUCAACUCUACUUAUGGAUAAUUAACGAUAUAGUAUUUUUAUGUAACAUACAUUUUACUUAAAUAUUGCAUUUUUUACUAACUGAAGGCUCUUUGAUUAUAUAAUGUCACUCUUAUAAGAGAUUGUAAGUAUCAUUAGUAGAAUAUAUUGCAUACCUAUUAAUAAUGUCUUAACCUUAUAUAUUUACAUUUGGUUUACCUAGUAUUACUUAGUAUGCAUAGGCAAUAAUAUAUAUAUCAAUAACAAUGUGUGAAAUACAUUCUAUUUUCAUUUCAAAAGUAUAUUCUUAAUAAAUUCAAAUAUUUUUAAUAAUUGUGAUUCAUUCAUGUGGAAUAUUCAUCUCUAUAUGUAUAUUGUCAAAUAUUGAGAAACCAUUAAUUUAUAUAUUCUUGCUUUCUCCAUUUUUAAUUUAUAUUGGAAUGUUUGUAUAUAAUAGUGCAUAAUUUGAAAUCUAAAAUAAAGAACCUUCUUUAUUAUCCUAAUUAGAUUUGCAUAAUUUAAUUUGUAGAAAACUUUCAAAUGAGAAAUCUUCAUUCCAUUUAACUUGUGUACUUAAUUCCAUUAAAUUAAGGAAACAUAUAUAAAAAUGUUUACGUAUUGAAUGUUUUUGUCACACUUUAUAAUAUUAUUCAACUGAAUCUGAAUAAUUAUUAAUUAUACCAGAUAUAAUUGAGGAAGAACAUAAAUUUAGUUUGAUUAAAAGUUUAAAAAAAUCAAUUUAAUAAAAAUAACCUAAAGAUAUAUUUUAUAUCCUCUGUCAUAUUUUGUAUGCUUAAUAGUAUCAUGGAGAAGUUUAUGAAAUUUAUUCUAAAAUUGAAAACAAAAGUAUCAUAGACAAUCUUAGUAGACUAUAAAGAAUUAAAUGGAAAGUGUUCACUAUGAUUAUAAAAUAGAAUUUAUACAAUAGUUUUACAGCUAAAGUUGAAAAUUAUAGCAAAGAUUAAUCUAAUUUAUCAAUAAAAAUUAAUUAAUUUGUUUAAUCUGAAAGUUUUAAUUAAAGUAUAAAAGAUGGACUAAUUAAUAUUAUUUAAAGAAAGUUAGACUUUUCAAAAAUAUUAUUAGAAUAACAAAAGUAAAGUGAUUUUUUAACUUUAUAUUUUGAUUUGAUUAAAUAAAUAGAGAAAUAAGAAACAUCAUUGAGAAUGAUAUAUGAAAGAUUUCCAAGUAUUUAAAUAUAUAUUCAUAUUAGGUUAAAAAAAUUAAUCAUAACUUAUGUUCUUUUAUGGAGAAAUUAAAUAUGAUUGGUAAAAGGCAUUUGAUUAAUUGUAAAUAAAUGCUUUAGAUAAUUAAUUAUUAGAUUAAUCUAAUGAUAUAGAUAUAAAUAGAUUAACCAACAAAAUGUCUUAUGUGAUAUUCUCUUUUGAAGAUAGAAAGUUAAAAAUUAAAUCAUUCUCUAAAAAAGCACCAUAAACUUUUGGAUAUAAAAAUAAAGCUUUUGAUAAUAUAGUUAAUUCUGAUAUUUUAAUUCCAAGAAUUAUUAGAGAUAAUCAUAAUAGUUAUAUAGAAUAAUUUUUAUGUGAUGGAAAAGGAAGUUUCUUUAGAAAAAAAGCAGAAAUCAUUUGUUAAUUAAAAUCUGGACUACUUCAAAAUCUUGAUUUCUUUUAUGAUUUAUACUUUGAUGGUAAUUAGUGUUUUCGUUUUAUAUCAUUUUUUUGUACAAUUGAAUAAAUUGAUCCUACUAUUUUGAUUGAUCAAAACAAUAGAAUUUAAGGUCUUAAUAAGGAAUUAUUUAAAUAACUUAACUUUAAUCCAAAAACAAUUGAAAUAUUAUAAAUUGAGAAAUAUUUCUAUAAUAUUUCUGCAACCAAUUUCUUUCCAAAUAAUGUAUUAAAUAGUAAUCAAAAUACUAUAACUUUUUAAUUCAGUUUCCCAAAAGAAUCUUUCUUUAUAUCAUUAGUUCAGUAGAAAGUAUCUUUAUAGAAAAUUGAUGCAAAUCUAAUCAAUUAUGAUGUGAAUUGUGAUAUAUUAUAUAGAGAUGGUUAUAAGAUAUUUAAAUUCAAAAAGAUCUAAGAAAAUGGAUAAUUCAGAUAAUUAGUUUCUAUGGAUGCAUAAAGCAUACAUGAUAAAUUAUUCGAUAUUAAUAAUGAAGAAUCUAUUAUUUAUCCUUAUGAUGGUAAUAUGGUGUCUCCUAAAGAGUCUUGUACAAAUAAUAUUAUGUUUGAUACUUAAAGAAGAACAGAUAUAAAAAUAUUUAGUGAUACUGAAGACAAAAAUUAAAUGAUUAAAUACAGUAAACAUGAAAUUAUGCAUGAAUAUAGUGAUUCAUAUUUUACAGAAUAAGAAGAUAAAACAGUUUAAAUCUUAGGUAAUAUUUAUGAAAAUGAUAUGAGAAAUUAAGAAAAUUUGAUUGCAGGAGGAUCAUAAGCAUCCUCUAUGGCUGGAUUAAGGAAAUCUGUUUUUUAUAGAAAAUAUUCUCUAGUAAAUAUACUAAAUGAAACUAAAGUUAAAAGUCCAAUGUUAUUAAAACUAAUUGGAUUAUUAUUUAUUCUCUUACUUAGUCAAUCUAUAUUUUUAAUUAUUGUAAUUAUUCUUAAUAUAUAUAGAAUAUUAUUUAUUCCAAAUAAGAUUUCAAUUCUCUUAAUUAUUAUUAUGAAUCCAUUUAAAUCAACCAUUACUUUAUAGAACCAAUGUAAAAAUUCUUUUUAACUCGAUACAUGUUACAGGAUUAUUAAAUCACUUCUUAUUAUGGAGAAUUAAAUUCUACUUAAUUGAAAUUUUAUACUAGUUUUAUAAUGCCACUCUUAAUUGAUUCCUUUGAAUAAUUUAAAUAAAACUUUUAGGAUCAUUUUCAAGAUGAAAGUUUCUCUUAAUUUAUUAAAGAUUAAUAUGUUGUAGUAAAACAAUAAACUUACCAUUAUUCUCCUAUCAAAUUAUAAGAAUACAAUAUUACUUUAUUUAAUGCUUUUAGUAUACUUUUAGAUGCUUUUUAUAAAUAAUAAUAAAUUUAUGUCACUUCUUCUUCAACUAGAGGAACCAACCCUCAUAAUACUUAUUAAUACAUAAAUUAUAUACUUUUUGUAACUAUAUUUGAUUAGAUAUCUGAUUAAAUGUAUGAAGAAUCAAUAACAUAAAUUGAUUUGGUUGUUACUAGAUGGUUAAUCUUAGUAAUUCCCAUUUCAAUCAUAAUUUCUACAAUAAUCAUUCUAUUAGCAUAUUAUCAUAAUCUAUUCAAUCAUUUAUUAGAAAAGUUUUUUGCAUUAAAUACUUUUAUUGAAUAAUCAGCUAUUGAAAAUGAUAAUGCAAGAUAACUUUUUAUUUUGUAAACUUUAAAAUAAGGAUCAGAUUUGAUUCAUAGAUAUAAGUUUAAUUUAAUAGGAAAGGAAGAAAUGCUAAGAAAAUCUUAUGUGAAGGAAAAGAUCAAUAUUUAGAAUGAUAUUAGAAGAACAAAAAGCAGUGUAAAGAUUACUAAAAUACCUUUAAUAUUAAUGAUUUUAUUCUUUUAAGUUUAAUAUUCCCUUAUUGCUGGACCAUUAACUUAUGUAGGUGCUAAAUAUAUGAGAAAAUUUCCAGAUACUAUUCAUUUCUUUAAAUCGUUCUCUGACAUAGGUGUAUAUGUUCCAGCGGCAUUUUCUCAAAAAGAGAUGUUAUAUUAUUUCUUUUAUUUUUCAUACUUUACUAAAGAAGAUAGAACUUUUUUUAUAGAAUAGAUUUAAAAAUCAGUUUAGAAAAUUGAUACUUUUUUAAGUUUAAAAAUAGAUGAUGAUAAUUAUUAAUUUUCAUCUUAAUUUGUAGAUAAUUAUGAAUUCUAAGAAUAGAAUAACUUAUGUCUUCUUUUAAAUAGCACUAAAUAUUUUGAUUUUGAAUAUUUUUGUUAUAAUUCUUAAAAUGGAAUUUUGAAAUUAGGAUUGAUUCCUACUUUGAAUGCAUUCAGUAAUAUACUUAAGAGCGAGUUAGAUAUAGAUUUUCCAGCAUCUAGAACAAUACCACCAAAAGAAGAAUUAGAAGCAGUUUAUUUUUGUUCAGACAUUGUAUCCACGAUAACAAAAUAGAUGGCCUCAAAUAUAUAGGAACAAGCAAUUAAAUUAGAAUAGACAUAUAAUGUAAUAUAAAUUUUUAUUAAUUUUAGAUUAUAAAUGGACUUGCUUUGAGUUUCACACUAUUUUUAAUUUUAAUAGUGUACUUUGAAAUAUAUCAGAGUUUUAAAUUUAGACUUUGUAGAACUAAAGCCAUUUCAUUAGUUUUUCCACUCUAAACAAUUUUUUUAAAUGAUCAUUAUGAAAGGGAAUUACGAAGAAUAGUUACAACGGAAUAACUUAUUUGA